AAAGACACAUCUUCCUGCUUUUAAAGAAAUCUCUCUUUUUAUAACUACAAGUUGUACCAUGUUAUUCAUUGACUUAUAUAUGAUCAUCUACUUCGAACAAAUUUUCAUAAUACUGAAAUACCCCCUCUCUGUCAAAUUUUCUAAACAAGAAAAAUCGUUAAAGGGUUUAAAAGAGACGGAUCUUCUUCCCAUAGCUCAUCCAUAUUACCAAAAAAAGUCCUUGGACUAAUCCAAGAUGGAAGUUCAUAUAGAUUUGGAUGAAAAAGUUCAGGAACCCUGCAUUUAUAGAGUACCAAAUCGGAUGCGAGUAGUGAAACCUGAAGCCUAUACACCCAAGGUGGUCGUCAUUGGCCCACUUCAUCGUUCUCUCAAAUCAACUGCUAAGGACGGCGCUGAAACAAGUAGCAAUCCAUGGCAUCUUAAAAAAGAUUAUAUCAAGAUGGAAGUCACAAAGAAGACGUACUUCGAAUCUUUCACCAAAAGAGUCGGGGAAGAUACUAUUGAGGAAAUGAGGAAAACCAUACAAACCGAAGAAAAAAAUAUUCGGAAUUGCUAUGAAGAAUCAACUGAAUGGAUACCAUCUGAAUUAUUCGUAGACCUUAUCCUUCAGGAUUCGAUUUUCAUUAUGGAGUUAAUUAUCAGACUUUCUGGAUUUGAUCGAAUACAUUCAGAUGACAGAAAUUUAGACUUUGCAAUCGUUAUGAAUGAUUUACUCUUGCUCGAGAAUCAGCUUCCCUAUUUCAUUUUGGAUAGCUUGUUCAGUUUCAGUAUGACGAAGUAUUUGGAUUCACACACCCUUGACAGUUUCAUCUUGCGCUGUUUUGGCCUAAAGAUCGAAGAGAAGAAAAACUUCAUGCAUUUGACAGACAUGUACCGGUGUGUUUAUAAAGAAUCGCUUGACUACAUUCCUCCACGAGAGUACUCACUGAAUCGCGUUAAAUGGUCUAUCACAGAGUUGCGGAACGCUGAAAACCUAUCAAAUGCAGGAGUUAAUUUCAAGUCAUACGAUUAUUUAGAUCUCUCAAAACAAGACGAGAAACUUGACAUAAAGAUUACGCGAGACAAGUCUGACUCUGAACUUACGAAAUUACCAACAAAUAAAAGAGAGAGGGUUGAAGGUGUUUCAUUGCAUGUGGAGUUAAAGAAAGGUUGCUUAUCGAUGCCGAGUUUCUGGGCUAAUGAUAGGACAGAUAUGAUUCUAAGAAAUGUAAUUGCAUUUGAGCAGUGCCAGCAUGGCAUAAUACCCUUUACCUCGCACUACAUACAAUUCUUAAAUGCCCUGAUAGUUUCCGACAGAGACGUCGAGCUACUCAGCGAAAAAGGGGUGGUAAUGAACAAUAUGGGUCGGCCAAGCUUGGUGGUGGACAUGGUGAACAAGUUAAAGGUUGGUGUGUACGAAGGAUACACCUCCCAAUACUAUGACAUAGCCAUAGAUCUCAAAGCUCACUAUAAAUCUCGAAGAAAGAGGUGUUGGGCCACCCUCAGAAAAGUUUACUUCAGCGACUUGUGGACCGGCACAGCUACUUUAGCCGCCGUGCUUCUCUUGCUUUUGACUCUGGUUGGGACGGUGGCUUCUGUCAUCCAAGCUUACGAAAGCUUCAAGUAACUAUAUAUGCUUUUAUAAUUCAUACAAAAACAAAAAAAAAAAACUAUAUAUGCUUUUAUAUCGUCCAAAAACUUAUUUCCAAGUUUUCCUCAUGGAUUAUUUAUGUACUUUGGUGAUUGAUUCUUGAUUUCUCUAAAGAUUGUCUUUUAACACGGAACAAGUCUACGAAAUUUCUACAUU